AUGCCGCGGCGGGGGGACGAGUACGAGGACGACGACGACCAGGAGCCGGAAGAGGAGGAGGAGGAGGAGUACGCCUUGGACGAGGAGGACGAGGAGGAGGAAUAUGAGGACGACGGCGGGAAGACGAAGCGCAAGAGGGGCGGCGGGUCGCAGUACAUAGAUUCGUACGCGGAGGAGGACGAGGAUGAGGAUGAGGAAGAAGAGUACGGUGGGGGCCGCCGUGGACGAGGAGGUAAGCGGCACAGGAAGGGCGCGAUGGAUUUUUUUGACGAAGAAGCAGUCGUGGAUAGCGAUGAGGAGGAGGAGGAGGAGGAUGAGCCGGAGGAUGAUUUCAUUGAUAUGGGGGGUGAUCUACCUGAAGAGGAUGAUAGACGAAUGCAUCGCCGUCCCUUGCUUCCACGUGAGGAUGAGCAAGAAGAUGUUGAGGAAAUGGAGAGAAGAAUUGCGGAGAAAUAUGCUGCUAGGAGCCUUAAUGUUGAAUAUGAUGAGGAGGCUACAGAUGUAGAACAACAAGCUCUACUGCCAUCUGUUAGGGAUCCAAAACUAUGGAUGGUGAAAUGUGCGAUUGGACGUGAAAGGGAGGUGGCAGUCUGCCUCAUGCAAAAGUGCAUUGAUAGAGGUCCCGAAAUGCAAAUUAGAUCUGUCAUAGCACUGGAUCAUCUCAAAAACUAUAUAUACAUUGAAGCAGACAAAGAGGCUCAUGUGAGGGAGGCUGUUAAGGGUAUGCGAAAUAUAUAUCCAAGUAAGAUAAUGCUCGUCCCAAUUAAGGAGAUGACCGAUGUUCUUUCGGUUGAAAGCAAAGCAAUUGAUAUUUCUAGGGACACCUGGGUUAGAAUGAAGAUUGGAAUAUAUAAGGGGGAUCUCGCCAAGGUUGUUGAUGUUGACAAUGUGCGGCAGAGAGCAACUGUGAAAUUAAUCCCAAGGAUCGACUUGCAGGCCCUGGCUAACAAAUUGGAAGGUAGGGAGGUUCCAAAGAAAAAGGCAUUUACCCCACCUGCACGAUUGAUGAAUAUAGAUGAAGCUAGAGAGCUUCAUAUUCGUGUGGAGCGGAGACGAGAUCCGUCUACUGGUGAUUAUUUUGAAAAAAUUGAAGGGAUGAUGUUCAAGGAUGGCUUUCUGUAUAAAAACGUAUCACUUAAAUCUCUCAGCACUCAGAACGUGCAACCAACUUUUGAUGAACUCGAGAAAUUUAGACAUUCUGGUGAGGGUGGUGAUGGUGACAUGGCCGGUUUGUCAACACUUUUUGCCAACAGAAAGAAAGGUCAUUUCAUGAAGGGUGACCGGGUUAUAGUUGUCAAAGGAGAUCUUAGAAACUUGAAAGGAUGGGUGGAAAAAGUUGAGGAAGAUACUGUUCAUAUUAAACCAAAUGAAAAAGGCCUUCCUAAAACUUUGGCUAUCAACGACAAAGAGCUUUGCAAGUACUUUGAACCUGGAAAUCAUGUGAAGGUUGUAUCCGGUGCUUCUGAUGGUGCAACUGGUAUGGUUGUCUCUGUUGAAGGCCAUGUGGUUAACAUAGUAUCUGACACGACGAAGGAACUUCUCCGUGUGUUUGCUGACAAUGUUGUGGAAAGUUCUGAAGUGACUUCCGGUGUUACUAGGAUUGGUGAUUAUGAGCUUCAUGACCUUGUGCUACUUGAUGAUAAUAGUUUUGGUGUAAUUAUACGCGUGGAGAGUGAAGCAUUUCAGGUCCUGAAGGGUGUCGCAGAGAGACCUGAUGUUGCCCUGGUGAGGUUGAGGGAGAUUAGGUACAAGAUUGACAAGAAGCUAUUUGCAAAAGAUCGUCAUAAUAAUACAUUAUCAGUGAAAGAUGUUGUAAAAAUUCUUGAGGGUCCCUGUAAGGGGAAACAAGGUCCGGUUGAACACAUAUACAAAGGAAUUUUGUUUGUUUAUGAUAGGCAUCACCUGGAGCAUGCUGGUUUCAUUUGUGUCAAAUCUGAGUUUUGUAUGAUGGUGGGUGGGUCACGCGCAAACAGUGAUAGAAAUGGUAAUGCAAUGGCUUCAAGAUUUAGUCACCUUAGAACUCCUCCACGGGUUCCCCAAUCUACUAUGAGACCACCUAGGGGUGGUCCUAUGAACUUUGGAGGAAGGCGUGGAGGUGGAAGAGGUCAUGAUGCUUUAGUUGGAGCUGCUGUUAAAAUUCGUCUGGGCCACUACAAGGGAUGCAAGGGACGUGUGGUAGAUGUAAAAGGUGCCACGGUCCGAGUUGAGUUGGAGUCACAAAUGAAGGUUGUUGCAGGCAAGUUUCCUUUCUUUGAUCGCAGUUAUAUAUCCGAUAACGUCAACGUUACUACGCCAUUCAGGGAAACAUCUAGAUAUGGCAUGGGAAGUGAGACCCCUAUGCAUCCUUCUCGAACACCACUGCAUCCAUAUAUGACUCCUAUGAGAGAUUCGUAUGCAACUCCUCAUCAUGAUGGUAUGAGGACUCCUAUGCGUAACCGUGCAUGGAAUCCUUACACACCAAUGAGUCCACCAAGGGACAACUGGGAAGACGGGAAUCCUGCUUCUUGGGGAACUAGUCCACAAUAUCAGCCUGGAAGUUCUCCUUCACGAGCAUACGAAGCGCCUACUCCUGGUUCUGGUUGGACAAAUGCUCCAAAUAACAAUUACAACGAUGCGGGCACACCUAGGGAUAGUGGUUCUGCCUAUGCAAAUGCUCCAAGCCCAUACUUGCCGUCCACACCUGGUGGGCAGCCACCAAUGACACCAAGUUCGGCAUACUUACCCGGUACUCCUGGUGGGCAACCAAUGACACCUGGAAGUGGUGGUUUGGAUAUGAUGUCACCAGUUGUAGGUAAAUUAUGUUCUUACUUUUACCUUGUCUCUAUAAAUAAUUUGGUGUCAAAUUAUUAUGUCCUGAAAUUUGCUUCUUUUGCAGGUGGGGACAAUGAAGGCCCCUGGUUCCUCCCAGAAAUUUUGGUCAAUGUCCGUAGGGCUGGUGAAGAUAGCUCGCUGGGUGUUAUAAAAGAUGUUCUGCCGGAUGGGUCGUGCAGAGUAGGUUUGGGAUCGAGCGGUAAUGGUGAGAUGGUCACAGUCCUCCCUAGUGAAAUCGAGGUGGUGCCUCCGAGAAAGGCAGAGAAGAUCAAGAUCAUGGGCGGUGCACACCGUGGGGCCACCGGUAAGCUUAUCGGUAUAGACGGGACCGAUGGAAUUGUGAAAGUCGACGACACUCUUGAUGUCAAAAUCUUGGACAUGGUUAUAUUGGCAAAGCUUGUGCAGACAUGA